AUGUUUUCCAAAUUGUCUUCCAAGACGUCAUUUUCGGAUUUUCCGCCCGCAGGUUUCAAGGGCAAAAUCUUCCGACCAGCAGGUCAGGGAUACGCCGAGGCAUGCCGGAUACCAAAUGUCCGUGGCGGGAAUAGACCAGCACUCAUAGCACGCUGCUUUGAUGCAGACGAUGUGGUACUGGCUGUUAAAUACUGUGACAUGCACAAUCAGCCUCUUGCUGUACGCAGCGGUGGACACGGGAUAGACGGCUACGCUAUGCCCAAAAACGCAUUUGUUAUCGACACUACACUGAUGAAGAAGGUUGAAGUCGAUCCCGUCACCGGCAUUACCACAGUUGCAGCUGGCAUGAUCCUCGGCGAGAUGGACGCGGCUACGCAGGAACAUGGCUAUGUCGUCCCGGCAGGAACCGUCUCCGAAACCGGUGUCGCCGGCCUCACAUUGGGGGGCGACUUUGGCUAUCUGACGCGUCGCUUUGGGCUGACAGUGGACAAUCUUUUGUCUGUCAAUGUAAUGACCGUUGAUGGCCAAAAGUUGAUGGCUUCGGAGACGGAGAAUCCGGAAUUGUUCUGGGGACUCUGCGGCGCUGGGCACAACCUCGCCAUUGCCACCUCGUUUACGUACCAAGCACAAAAGAUCGGGCCACAAGUCAUGAGCGGUUACAUCAUUUAUCGAAUCGAGGAUGCGGUGGCCAUUCUGAGCGAGAUGGACAAGAUUAUGCGUGCCGCUCCCCUGGAGUUGAGCGUGUAUCCUGUGGUUCUGCCAGCGCCGCCGCUCCCCGGGCUACCAGAGCAAAUGGUUAAUUUCCCACUCCUAGUGUUGAUAAUCGUGUUCACCGGUGAACCUCCAAAAUAUGAGGAAGCCAUGACUGGGAUCCGGGAUCUGGGCGAUGCGCUGGUCGACAUGGUCCACCAUUGCAGUUGGCUGGAGGCGAACUCGCUGUUAGAUGUGCUUGCUCCUCCUGGUCGACGACAGCACAGCCGUGGAGGUUAUCUCAAGGCAAUCACACCAACGGUAGCUGCAACUGUGGCCGACCGGAUCCGAACAGCUCCGGCCCCAACUGUUGACGGCCCAAGUGUCGCAGUCGCGUUUCAUUGCCUUGGCGGCGCGAUGCACGAACAUUCUGAAGAAUCAAAAGCAUUCUCAAGAGAAAAUGCUAGCUGGAUGGUCGAGGCCUUCGGACAAUGGGUUGGACGCGAGAAGGAUGUGGAGUUCGUUGGCUGGAUUGAUGGCAUCACUCCCUAG